GCGAGUCCGGGUCCCCGCAGCUGGAUGUUUCCCCAGCCGAGCCCCGGGUCCCUCGCGCCUCACUCCCCGCCCCGCUCCGCCCCGUGGGGGAUUCUGGGAGGCGACGUCGCGGGGCUCGGGCCGCCGGGCGGGUUUCCAGAGCCCGCGGCGCCGGGAGGACUUUGUUCUCCGAAAGAGAAAAUUGAAGAAGGAAGAAGGAAUGGCUGUUGGACUUUGUAAAGCCACAUCCCAGGGUUUGGUGACCUUCAGGGAUGUGGCUCUAGGUUUUUCCCAAGAGGAAUGGGAAUGGCUGGACUCAUCUCAGAAAGAUUUAUACAGAGACGUCAUGUUGGAGAACUACAGGAACUUGGUAUGGCUUGGACUCUCCAUCUCUAAGCCCAACAUGAUCUCCUUGUUGGAGCAAGGGAAGGAACCUUGGAUGGUAGAGAGAGAGAUGUCAGAUGGUCAAUAUGCAGACUGGGAGUCUUGGUAUGAAAUCAAGGAAUUAUCUCCAAAAUGGUUCGUUGAUGAAGAGGAAAUAUCCCAGAGGAUAGUACUGGGAAGACUGACAAGUCAUGACCUCGAAUGCUCCAGUUUCAGGGGACCCUGGAAGUAUGAGGGUGAAUUUGAGCGAUAUCAGGGAAGUCAGGAGAGGCAUUUCAGGCAAGUGACGACUCUUCAAGAAAUUUCUGCUGUGAAAAGAGAUAAUGAAUAUAAUAAUUCUGAGAGAAGCAUUCUCUUGAAGUCAGUACUUUUAACACAACAAAGAGUUCCCACAGUAGAGCAAGUACAUAAAUUUGAUAUUUAUGAUAAAAUGUUCCCCCAAAAUUCGGUUCUAAUUGAACAUAAAAGACUACAUGCUGAGAAGGAAUCUUUGAUAGGUAACAAAUGUGAAGAAUUUAACCAGAAUACAUACCUUAGUAAAGAUACAGGAAUUCCUCAUGGGGAGAAAUCUUAUGAAAGUAAUGAUUAUUCAAAUCUCUUCAGUUUCCACUCAUUACUCACUCAACAUCAAACAACUCAUUUUGGAAAAUUACCCCAUGGACACAAUGAAUGUGGUGAUGCCUUUAGCUGUUACUCGUUCUUUACUCAACCUCAGAGAAUUCACAGUGGAGAGAAACCAUAUGCAUGCAAUGACUGUGGAAAAGCCUUUAGCCAUGACUUCUUUCUCAGCGAACAUCAGAGAUCUCAUAUUGGAGAGAAGCCGUAUGAAUGUAAGGAAUGUAACAAAGCCUUCAGACAGAGCGCACACCUUGCUCAGCAUCAGCGAAUCCACACUGGAGAGAAACCCUUUGCAUGCAAUGAAUGUGGGAAGGCCUUCAGCCGUUAUGCCUUCCUUGUUGAACAUCAGAGAAUUCACACCGGGGAGAAACCAUAUGAAUGUAAGGAAUGUAAUAAAGCCUUCAGACAGAGCGCACACCUUAAUCAACAUCAGAGAAUCCACACUGGAGAGAAACCCUACGAAUGUAGUCAGUGUGGAAAAGCCUUUAGCAGACGCAUAGCCCUUACUCUGCAUCAAAGAAUUCAUACAGGAGAGAAACCCUUUAAAUGUAACGAAUGUGGGAAGACCUUUGGUUAUCGCUCACACCUUAAUCAACAUCAGCGAAUUCAUACCGGAGAAAAGCCCUAUGAAUGCAUCAAAUGUGGGAAGUUUUUUAGGACUGACUCACAGCUUAAUCGACAUCAUAGAAUUCAUACUGGAGAAAGACCUUUCGAAUGCAGUAAAUGUGGGAAAGCCUUCAGUGAUGCUCUUGUUCUAAUUCAUCAUAAGAGAAGUCAUGCAGGAGAGAAACCCUAUGAAUGCAGUAAAUGUGGGAAGGCCUUCAGUUGUGGCUCAUACCUUAAUCAGCAUCAGAGAAUUCAUACUGGAGAGAAGCCCUAUGAAUGUAAUGAAUGUGGGAAGGCUUUCCAUCAGAUUUUGUCCCUUAGGCUACACCAGAGAAUUCAUGCUGGAGAAAAACCCUAUAACUGUAAUGAAUGUGGGAAUAAUUUUAGCUGUGCCUCAGCCCUCAGGCGCCAUCAGAAAAUUCAUAAUAGAGAAACUCUCUGAUUAUUACAAGUAUAAAAAAGAAAACAUUCAGUCACCACUCAGUCCUUAUUAAAUAAAUAUCAGUGAAUUCUUUGGUUAGUAAUUCUGUGAAUGUAGUGCAUAUGAAAGAGCCUUCAGUUCGUGAGCAUCCCUUAUUUGAGAUAACCUGGGUGGUAGACAUGUUACUGUUUGAUCUGUUCUAUGCCCCAUUUGAGACUUACAUCACCCUCAGUGCAUAUGAUGCUGAUGAAACUAUUAAUCAGGGAGGCAGUGGAUUGGUCAUAGGCUGGCCGAUUAUUUUCCUCCUAGUGAUUAAUAAGAGAUUGGCAAAUGGCCCUGUCUGGACCAGUAGAGCCAUAUGGAGGUAUUGUCAUGGGUAAUAGGAGAAGAUCUUUUUCUUUCUGGCAUUGCAAGUUUCAAGGAUUUAGUAAGGUUAAAAACUCACCAGUAGCCUUUUUGCUACUCCAUGAGGAAAGUCUUCCCAAGAUCUGUCCAACACAGAGAAAAUGCACGUGAGACACAGGAAUCUGAUGACAUUGUUUUAUCUCCUGGAUCCAGUCGUGCCUGAAGUCUACACCAUCCUUUACUUUUUCAUUUUUGUGAUCCAAUAAAUUUCCUUUUUUUGCUUAAGUUAA